AUGCGCUGCGCCGUGUGCAAGAAGGACCAGGCGUCCAAGCAGUGCAGCCGCUGCGCCCGCGCGUCGUACUGCAGCCGCGAGUGCCAAGUGCGCCACUGGAAUGCUGGCCAUAAGAAGGUUUGUGCCGCCAAGCCCCUUGUCCUCUUCCCGCCCGAGGCCGGUCUCCCGCCACUGUACCCUGGUCCGCCGGGCUGGCUCAAAAACCCAACCGAGUUUCUCGAGCGCGCAGCGGGCGACCUUCCGUUCAUGCCAACGCUUGGUCAAGAAUACGUCGACGUUCGGGACCGCGCUCGGUACGUACGGUACCUCCGGCACCACUACAAGAAGCUCCCGUGCGGCUUGACGACGGCGAUUGCAUUCCGCGACCACGUGCAAAACUUCAAGCAAGUGGGGUUUGACCUCGAGACGCUGCGACCGGCCGGCGUCACGGACGAAGGCCAGUGGACGUAUGAAGUGCUCGUCUCGGUGCUCGGGAUCCCCGCGCUCUUACCGACACCGCUGCGGCCAGAGCUGCCGUAUUUGAUUCCUCGCUGCUCCGUGUGCCGCGUCGAGUGUACGAGCGAGUGCGCUUGCGGCACACACUUUUGCUCGCGCGACUGCCAGCGCGCGCACAUGAAGCGCCAUUUGCGGUCCUGCGACGCCAAGCGCAAGCAGUUUGCAUACGCAACGCAGCUCACGGCCAAGUACUGGGAGCUCCGCAGUCAGCGCACGUAG